AAUAAACAACAGGAAAAGCAAGGCGUACAGCCCGCCACCUAUUACUCUCUAACUAUAUUUCACUUUCACCAAAACUAUUCCCUCCAACUCUCAACCCUACUUCCCCCUCUAAUUUCACCCCCACUGUCUGUCCCCCUCUUGUAAUGUAAUGUAAUGUAACCAGGACUGUGGGCCGCCUUUAGGCUAAAAGGCCCGCGCCACUCCACGGAGUGACAAUCUAUCAGUCAGUCAGUCGGGAACCAGGAGUCAGUCCGGACCUCUCUGUUACGGCGUGCCUUGUUCUCCCUCGCUCCACAAAUAAACGCAACCAAGAUUCUGGUGUCUCUGCUAACCUUCACACCCCAACAGUUGACAACUUUGCGUGAGCGAUACGAAAAUUUGUAUCCUCCUGAUUCAACGACAGGAUGGUGAUAAAUAUUGUUGACUUGCCAGAAAAUGUAUUGCUCAGUAUACUGCAGCUGUGUAAUGUUCGAGACUUGACAGCUUUAAGUGUUGUGUGCAGUCUUUUUUAUCGUCUGACCAAAGAUUCAUUUCUUUGGAGACACCUUUGUUUUAGAGAUUUCAGUGUGUCUCCUGAAUCAUGUGAAAAAUCAUCUUAUGAGAAAAUAUAUAAAAAUGUUCUGCAUAAGUAUGGGUGCAUGUUGGGUCUCUAUCAGUCACAGAUUGGACCUUAUGGGGGCCUGCUGGAAAUACGAUUUCAGAAUGGGUACAUUGAAGGAGCUGUAUGGGAACCAACUUCUGAUGUCAUGGAACCUUUAAAGGAGUCAGUUGCAUUCUCCAUCAAUGGAAAUGAAGUGCCUGCAAAAUGUCUUUGUAUACCUCAUAUACAUCCUCAUAAAUGCUCCCUUCAAAUGAACAAGAGGAAAGGAAUAGUAACACAGUUCUGUUCUGACAAUGAGGGGCAUAUCAGAACUCUCUGUGACAUGGAUGGGGAUGUUACAGGCAACCUCUUCAACUAUAUCAGUAUGAAGUUAGUGUACUUGAAUGAAGUGAUCUCAACUGGACUGAUCCAUAAACCACUGAUAUUACCAGGACCAGAUGACAUACCCAGUGCUCUGCGGAGAAAAGAUGGCUCCUUCCCAAAGCAAAUCAUUACACCAGGACUCUUCAAAGGAACAUACUCCGUUCAUGGAAUUGAGGUCCUGCUUUUCAGAUAUAAGGAUGAAUAUGAAAUUCAUGGACAUAAAGUAACUGGUGAUGUUAAUGUUCAUGCCAGCAAAGUCUCUGUAAAAAUACUCCUGAAGUACCCUGCAUAUCCUACUGAAAAAAAUAGCAUUGCUGCCAUGAAGACCACAGAACCAAAAUCUAGUGAAACUCCUUUAGACCAGAUACCUGAGCAUCCCUUCUCUAUACCAAGUGGCUGCUACUAUGAAGCUACCACUCCACUUCCAACCAGAUGUACAGCAAGAUAUCAUGGAUUUGGUCAAAUAGCGUAUGAAGGAUUCCGCAGACCAAGCUUUACACCAGUGCAAGUCAUUGUCUUCAACAAUGACCUUCUAGGUGUUGUAUGGAUUGAACUGACAGCUUUCAGUUUAUUUUCUCGUGUCCAAAGAACUUUUACCAAAAAUAUUUUAAACACUGCAGAAAGUUGUCUAUGAUCCAUUCAAGCUGUUAGCAAUGCAGCUUUGUUAAAAAUGUGAUUUUGUUUCUUAAAAUUCAAUCUUUGCUUUGGUUGAGGGGAUAGACUAUUUCAUUUAUAUAUAGGGUUGCAUUUUGCUGCAGAUGGAGGAAUAGGUCACAGGUGUAGAGGUGAAGUUCAUAGUUAAUGAACCAAGAGAGGUGUGGGGAAGAAUGAACAGAUGCUUUAAUUAGAAGAUGCUUGGAAUAAAUGCAUAGAGAAGGCUGUAUAUACUUGUACUGGCAGCACUGUAUAGAGUUUAAACAUGGAAUUUAGGAGUAGAAGAGUGGAAAUUGAAUAUACAUAAUGGAGAUUAGGUGUCUGAGGAAUGUGUGGAAUAACAUGUAUGGAUUGAGUAGAAAAUGACAAAGUCCAAAAAAACUGAUUUUGUAAGAGAGACGGCUGAUCGAGCAGUGAAGGGAGUGUUGUAGUGGUUUGGGCAUGUAGAAAAGAUGGAUGAAGAAUAUUUAGUAAAGACUGAAUGAGAUGCAGAGAUGUAAAGCUGAGGGAGAACAUAAAUAGAAUGGAUAGACAGCGUAAAGUGAGCAUUAGAUGCAGAAGGGAUGUCAGUGGAACAAGGAAGAAUGGUUGCCUAUGAUUAGGUUGAAUGAGAGAAAUUGUGGAUGCAUGAAUGUAAUGCGGCCAAUACAUGAUGGGCCACAAACAAAGGCUCACAUGACUCCCCUUGGUGUGGCAGUCUCCACACAUACAUGGCCACUAUGACCUCUGUGAGAUGUGAUAGAUUCUCCUAUAUCUGCUUCAUGGCAGAUACAGGAAAAGGAAUAUACCUAUUAGGAUGUAGAGACAAAUGUGGAGUAUACAACUGACUGAAGUACCGAGAUGUUUACAAAAGAUAAGUAAUUUAUUAGAAACAUCUUGUAUGCAACCUGAAUUGGAGAUAAUAAGUGUUUUUAGAGAGUAUACAACUGACUGAAGUACCAAGAUGUUUACAAAAGAGAAAUAAUUUAUUAGAAACUUGUAUGCAACCUGAAUUGGAGAUAAUAAGUGUUUUUAGAGUAUUAUAACUGUUUCCCCUAUGUAUCAUAAAAGACCACUAAGGACCUCCAUACAUGAUGUAAUCUGGUCACUGGCCAAGGUAAAUAAAAAAGGAAAAAGAAAUCCCACUGAGGUACCAGUCCCAAAAGAGAUGUCAAGAGAAUCAUAAAAAAUUGAA